AUGGAUUUCACAUUGGAUCACGGAGAGAGCAGAGUGAACAGUCCAGGAAGAUUGACGGAUUUUUACUUGCAAACCUGCGCAGAACUCAAAAAAAAACCCAACCCAUACAUUCAGGAAGUGAUUCGCCAGACUGACCGCCUCCCACCAGGGACUAUGUAUGGGGGAUUCACAUUGACUCUCAAUGGAAACACACGGCUUUUCCCUAACCAUAAACCAACGGAUGAUGAUGCUGCAGUUCUGGUUCAUGUCCUACAUCGACAUACCUAUAUCACAGGCAUUGAUUUACAAUACAGCAACUUGACAAACUGUGGAGCGGAAAUGUUUGGAAAAUUGCUUCUGGACAGCACCACGCUUACUGAUCUCAACCUGAUGUGUAAUGAGAUUGGCAGCCAUGGAGCUAAAUGGUUGGCCAAAGGUUUACAGUUCAACAGAUCUCUGAAGAAUCUGAGGAUGAAUGGGAAUAAAAUUGGCAACAAAGGUGGAAUGCACUUUGCUACAAUGCUUCAGCUAAACUGUACUUUGGAAUCUCUAGACCUUGGUGACUGUGAUUUGGAAAUUCAAAGCCUAAUUGCCUUAGCAACAGUUCUGCACCACAACAAAUCUCUCAGAGCCAUUGAUGUAGGUCGUCCAAUUAUUCACACUAUUCAGGAAGAGGAAACUGUCCACAUGGCCCAUAUGCUUCAAGUUAACCACACUCUUCAGGAGUUGCAUUUAAUAAAAAUGGGAAUGACAAACUUUGGAAUACAGCAACUUUGUGAUAAACUGGUUCACAACCAGAGUCUCCGACUCCUCGAUCUCCAUUGUAACCAGAUAUCCUCUGAUGGAGCAAAGUCUUUGGCUGAGCUGCUGAAACACAACACUCCCUUGAAGAUUCUGGAUUUGGCUGCCAACAGAAUUGAGGAUGAUGGACUGGUUUGCAUUAGUGAUGCUCUUCGAUACAUGAAUGAUCAGCUUGUAGCAUUAUCUGUGGCCAGGAAUAACAUUUCUGGCAUUGGACUAAUGGCACUUGCAAAUGCCUUGAAAUCUAACAACACAUUAACCAAUGUCUAUGUCUGGGGCAAUAACUUCGAUGAAUCAGCCUCCAUAGACUUUGCAAAACUGAUAAAAGCUGGGCGUUUGAAGCCAAAACGAACAGACAUUAGCCCAUACUGGAUUGAUGGAAGAGUCUACCUUUCUGAGUUAGCUCAUGGGCUGCAAAUGUAUUAUUACUGGACUCCCUUGUAUGGCGAUAUAGAUGAGGCAGCUUGUAAUGCCAACACAUACCUGCUGAAAGAUCCAAAUACUUCCUUAAGCCAGAUCGAUAUAGAAGAAUCUGUAGAUACUUCCAGCAUUGAAGGAAGCCAAUCUUUCUAACGUCUUUCUGACAGCUCUUUCUAGCAGCUAUUCAAUGAACCCCAUUCAUCUGCUUUUUAUCACUUCAUAAUCCUGAAAGUGUUCAUUUUUAAAAUAUGCAAUCAAACCCCUUUUGAAAGUUACCAUUGAAUCUACUCUACCAGCCCUUCAGACAGUACAUUCCAGAGGACAACAACUCACCGCAUAAAAUGUAUUCUCAUCUCCCGUGAUUCCUUUGCCAAUUACCUCAAAUCUAUGUCCUUUAAUUAUUGAUCCUUGUGCAAGAAGAAACAAUUUCUUCUAGUUUUCUAUUUUGAACUCCUCAAUCAAAUCUCAUAACUUACUCUGCCUAUGGAAAAUAGCCAGAUUCUCCUAUCUCCCCAUAUAUCUGAAAUCCCUCGUUCCUGAAAACAUAUUUGUGAACCUCCUUCCUAAAGCAUAGUGACCGAAAGUGAACACAAUACUGCAGCAGAGCCUGAACCAGUUCUUUAUAAAGUGUUUACCACAAAUUGCUUGGUUUUGCACUCUGUGCCUCAAUUUAUUAAGCCAAGGAUUCAGAUGUCUGUUUAACAACUUUAACUUGUCACCUCUAAGGAUUUCUGUACGAUAAAACCCAGAUCCAUCAGUUUGCACACCUGCUUUAAAAUUGAACCAUUUAAACGUAUGUAGCCUCAGAUUGUUUGAAGUAAGUAGUAUUGGUAUAA